AUGUCUUCAGCAUUUGCGGCCUCAUGUUUGGGGGCCUUCCAGGCCGCGUUUUCGGUUCUCCUCACGCUCGGCUACGGCGUCUUCGCAGCGCGCAUGGGAAUGGUUGACGCCGGCACGGCGAAAAACGUCUCCUCGCUCUGCGUCAACAUGUUUCUUCCGGCGCUGUUGAUCACCAACGUCGGCAGCCAGAUACAGCCGGGGAAUUUCACGAGUUACGUUCCCGUUUUCAUCUGGAGUAUCCUCUACAGCGUCAUCUCGCUGGCGCUGGGCAAGCUGGCUCAGAAAGUGUUUAAGCUUCCGAGCUGGGUGGGUGCGGCGUGCGCUUUCAAUAAUACCACAUCGCUGCCGCUACUCUUGACGCAAAGCUUGACGACCACGGGAAUCCUACGCUCGAUUGCGGGAGACGAUGUGUCGGCAGCGGUGGAGCGCGCGCAAAGCUUCUUCCUGAUCAACAGCAUGGUCUCGAAUGCGGCCACCUUCGCGAUCGGGCCGAAGAUUCUCGGCAACGACAUGAAACAGGAGGAGGACGAGGACGAGGACGAAAGCGAGGGCGACAACGACCAGCAGAACGGCGACAACAACGACGAAGACGCAGACGAGAACUCCACCCUCCUUCCUAAGCCGAUCACCUCCCGACUCGCCGCCGUGGAAGAAACCGCCUCGAGCCAGUUCGGCCGCCUCCCGGUACGCGUCCAAAAGGCGCUCUCCUACGUCUCCUCACUCUUGACUCCCACCCUCUGGGGGGCGAUCUUUGCAGUAGUCAUCGGACUCACCCCACCACUGCAACGCGCUCUCUUCGCCGAGACCCAGGACGGCGGCUUCCUCAACGCGUGGCUCACGUCCUCUCUCCGCAACAUCGGCGACCUUUUCACGGCGCUGCAGAUGUUUGUUGUCGGCUCGAAACUCUCCGAUUCGCUCACGCCGCCGAAGCACCUGCCCUCGCCGAACCCGCCCAAGAAGGCUGUCGCCGCAAUCUUCGCCAUCCGGUUCAUCUUCUGGGGGCUCGUCAGCAUUCCGCUCGUGUACCUUGUCGCGGCAAAGACGCAGCUGCUCGAUUCCGAUCCCAUGCUGUGGUGGUCGCUGAUGCUCAUGCCGAUAGGCCCGCCCGCCAUGAUCCUGAGCAGUCUGGCCGAGGUCUCGGGCGUCGGUCAGCACGGGAAGAUGAUGGUGGCUAGAACGCUUGCCUAUUUCUAUGUUGUUACGCCGAUCAUGUCGCUGGCUGUGGUGGCCGCGUUGAAGGCUUGCGAGAUGAUCCUGGAGGAGAGGAAGCAGAGGCCGGGGCUCGUGCUGUAG